AUGAAGACGCAUAUUUUCCUUACGGCUGUCAACAUAGCUGUUGUGAACGCACGGUUUGGCCAAGAGCAAGGAGACGGCGCUAUUGCCGCUAUUGGUGCUCUUACAGAUCUAGGACAACCUGGACAGGCCGCAACUCUAGCCGGUCAAUCUAUACAGUUUCUCCUCGCAGCGGCCAACCCCUGUGGUAAACUCACACAAGCAGACCUCAUCUUAAGCCAACUAGGCACAAGUGAUGCCGCUGUUGCAGCUGCACGGGGACUUGUAGCAGCUGAGCAGAACUUCAACCCCUUCGUUGUCAGCAUUCCAUCAAUUUGUUCGGAUGCUGCUCUACCCAAAUCUCCUGAACUAAGGGGAGUUGUGCCGCUAAUUGAUCCCGCGGUCGUCGGCUCAGAGACCGAGAAUGAUAAUGCGAAGGCGUCUACAACCAACCCGUUCCAAGCCGAUGGGCUCAGUGUUGCUCAAGUAAUGAUUGCGCAGGGCUUCUCCAACUUCACUUCCGUGGCUGCUGAUGGGACGAAGCAGACGAACACAAACAAGCCGGUAACUGGAUCGUCGCCAGAUCAGGGGAAUAAGGCGCCCGCAAAAGAUGCUCCCACUACCACCAAGUCACCAACGGACGUUGGUUGCGCAAAUGUUCGCCCAACGACCUUGGUCACGGUUGCUUCGCCAUCUGCUCAACCCUCAGCAACAAACGCCGCGAAGCCAGGAGGAUGUACUGGUAGUGGAAACACGAUGACUUGCUCCGCUCCCCAGCAAGGAACAGGAGCAGUUCAGAACGAUGUCACCGGCAAUUUUGAUGGGUUUCAAGCAUCCAGCAUCCAAGGCCUAGACUUUGGUCUUUGUGUUCCUACGAUGAAAUUUGAAGCCGGUCUCAAUGGGCGGUCCAAUACCGAAUUCACAUUUCAAGCUGUUGAUCCGCUUGUUAAUAAGGGCCAGCAGGAGGCUCUGAAUCCUAAUAUUAUCACCAACCGAAUUCACGACCAGCUCACAAAUGUUUGUGGCGCAAAUGCCGAGGCUAAAGCUGCAGUAGCGGCCGCCCAGGCUAAAAUAUCCGCAUUAGGGACCAGGGAUGCCGACACGGCGAACACAUGGAACACGCUUCUUGGUUUCGAAAAUGCCAAUAUUAACCCUGAUAAUGCCCCUAAGGCAGGGCUAGUGGGUCACACCUAG